AUGGGUUGUGCUAUGCACACCAAGUGUUUGGUAAAAUGCUUGUGUGAUUGUUUCUGUGGUGAUUUUGCUGCAUUUCAAUUCUUAUGCUUCUCUCUGAAGGUUUUAUGUUAUCAGAAGAGGGAAGCUCUAGUAGUAGAGGGCAGGUGUAUAGAAGAAGUAUAUGAUGCUUUGGCUGAACGCCUUGUUCCUACAGCAGCAGCAAUGUCAAAUCCAAAUUUGAAGCAUAUUGUGGGUUUGGCUGGUCGUCCUGGAGCUGGAAAGAGUACUCUUGCAUCUGAAGUAGUACGGACCGUAAACAAGUUAUGGCCUCAGAAAGCUUCAUCAUUGGAUUCCCAAGUUACGCCUCCUGAUGUGGCUGCAGUUCUUCCCAUGGAUGGAUACCAUCUUUACCGUUCUCAGCUGGAUGCAAUGGAGAAUCCUGAGGAAGCUCAUGCAAGAAGGGGAGCUCCAUGGACCUUCAACCCUGAGCUACUACCCAAGUCUUUGAAGACUCUGAGAAGUCAGGGAUCAGUAUAUGCACCUUCAUUUGACCAUGGUGUUGGAGAUCCAGUAGAAGAUGAUAUCUUUGUGAGCAUUCAGAAUAAAGUGGUCAUAGUAGAAGGAAAUUAUCUGUUCUUGGAUAAUGGGGUGUGGAAGGAAAUAUCGUCUAUGUUUGAUGAGAAGUGGUAA